UCAUCACGCUCCUCCAUUGGAUCAACAGAUUCGAGCCAUACGACAAAAUGAAAUUCCUUAUUGUAACUCUCGCUUUAGUCACAAUUGCUCUAGCACAGCAUCAGCACCAGCAAUCGCAUGUACAGCCAAUAGCCAUUUUGAAGCAAGCGCAGGAUAUCUCGCCGGAAGGAUCUUACAGUUACGCCUAUGAAACCGAGAACGGAAUCGCCGCUUCCGAGCAGGGCUCACCGCAACCCGUUGGACCCAAGGGCGAUCCUGCAGUCAUCGCCCAAGGUCAGUUUCAGUACACCGCUCCCGACGGCACCCCCGUUGCCCUUCAGUACACAGCCGACGAGAACGGCUUCCACCCACAGGGUGCCCAUCUGCCGGUCGCUCCACAGGUACCUGAGCUGAUCCAAAGAGCCGUCGCAUAUGUUUUAGCUCAUCCGCAGCCUGAGAACCAGUAAUAAAUAAUCGAUGAUAUUUAGCAACAUCUCCGGACAAAAUGCUUACCACUUUUGAACCACGCGAACUAUAGAUACAAAGUGUUUUCUUAAUAUAUAAAUACAAAUAUUUCGUAAAAA